AUUACUCAAGCAAGAACAAAAGCUCAAGGGGCUUUAAGCAAUAAGGAAUAAGCAGCCCCACGCAGCUGCAAUAAAUCUUCUUCUUUCUUUCCUACUUUCUUCCGCAGUUGUAUAGAGGUUCAAGGGAAAGCAAGGGAGGAAAAAGAAUUUUUAUUUCUUGUUCUUUUUUGGUUUUUUUUAAUUAGAUAAAAAAAAGGUUUUUUUAAUAAAAAUGGUGAAUAACGUGCUUUUUAUCAUUGUCCUUUUGGUGGCGGUGGUGGCGUCGGCGCUUACCGUGUAUUUUGCUAUUGGUCUCCAAGAAGCAAAAAAGCUUAAGGAUGAGACUGAGGAGAGGGAAGAGAAGAUGACGAAUUCUAAGAAGGCCAUACGGUCCAUUUGCAAGCCGACGAAAUUUAAAGAAGCGUGUGAAGAGAGCAUGGUGAACUCGAACACGACGGAUCCCAAGGCGCUGAUAAUGGCGGAGUUCAAGGCAACAGUGGCGGAGAUUAAGAACGUGAUGGUGAAUUCGAAGACGGUGCAAGAUUUGCAGAAGGAUGAAAAGACGAAGGCAGCUUUUGGUGUUUGCCAGGAGUUGUUCGAUUGGGCUGUUGUGGACCUUGAGAGAUCGUUCGACAAGCUCGGGGAACAAGACAUGACUAAGAUCGGCGAUGUUCUCUUGACCCUCCAGGUGUGGCUGAGCGGCGCCCUUACCAGCCAAGAGACGUGUGUAGACUCGUACGCCGAGAUGGACAGUCACGCGGCGAAGAAGAUGCAGGAGAUCAUAGCCAAGUCACAGGAGUUAACCAAGAACGGCCUCAACAUUUUGAACGGGUUACCGUCGAUAUUGAAAGAAUUCAACAUCGACGACAUUGAUAUCUCCUCCGCCUUUAAUCGUAAGCUUUUGUCGGGCGAUUUCCCUGAAUGGAUGAGCUACGGUGACCGGAAACUCUUGCAGGCAACACCUGCUGAGAUUACCCCUAACGUCGUCGUCGCUAAAGACGGAACUGGAAAAUUUGAUACCAUCGCCAAGGCUCUUGCUGAAGUCCCAAAGAAGAAUACUGAACGAUUUGUUAUCCAUAUUAAGGCCGGAGUUUACGAGGAGAGGAUCGACAUCCCCAAGACUGUUGGCCACGUCAUGUUCAUCGGAGACGGUCCGACCAAGACUGUCAUCACCGGUAGUGUCAGCGUCGAAAAGACACUGCCGAAACCUUCGACAUUCCGCACUGCAACGGUUGCUGUGGCUGGCUUGAACUUCAUAGCCAAGGACAUCGCUUUCGAGAACUCCAUCGGACCGGUGGGUCAUCAAGCGGUCGCCUUCAGGGGCUCCGGUGAUAUGGCCGCCUUCUAUAACUGCCAUUUCAACGGGUACCAAGACACCCUUUACGCCCACGAGGACCGGCAAUUCUACCGCGACUGUGUCAUCACCGGAACCAUAGACUUUAUCUUUGGCGACGCUAGGGCCGUGUUCCAAAACUGUCAACUUAUCGUCAGGAAGCCGCUGGACAACCAAAACUGCGUCAUCGUUGCAGAGGGGAAGGAAAGCUUAGAGUCAAAAGGCGGCUUCGUGUUCCAAAAUUGCACCUUCUCCGGCGAUAAGGACUACCUCCCAGUGAAGGACAAGAACAAGUCGUACCUCAACAGACCAUGGAGGCAUCUUGCGACUGUUAUCAUAAUGCAAUCACAGAUCGACGACAUCAUCCAACCGGAGGGGUACAUCCCGAUGAAUGGCAAUGACGGCCUGGCUACCUCGUACUACGUCGAGUUCGGCAACAGGGGACCUGGCGCUAAAACCGACGGCAGGGUCAAAUGGGAGGGUAUCAAGACACUCGAUGCGACUGAGAUAAAGAAAUUCGCCCCCGGCGUAUACCUCGAUUCCGAUGACUGGAUUCCGGAAACUGGAGUUCCCAUCAUUACCGACAUGAUCCCUGGGCUCUAAACUGGCAACAAACCUAAGGCCAUUG